AUGAAGGAAUCAGAAGGCUGGAGCCUUAUCAAGGCCGCCUUUAACAACGACACGAAAAAGCUCUCGACAAUCCUUUCUAAGAAGUUUCAGAUAGGUGAAUUGCAGGUAUGGACACCUGUUUGGCCGACAGAUAUAAACUUGCCGAAUUUCGAAUUGUGACAAAAAUUAUCGCCAUUAAAAAUAUCACAUGUUGUUCAAAUUUAAGCUCUUUUAGUAAAUGUUGAGGCAUGUUGCACAGAAUUACAACCUUAUCUUUUGUUAGUAUGGUACUUUCUUCCUAAUGAAUGUUGAUACACUGUAACUCUGAGCUCUAACCCUGCGCAGUGUCAAGCUUGAACCUUGAACUUCCUUUUGUCCAUUUAGUUCAAAUACUUUAUUUAUAUGCUUGUUCCUCUUAGACGCUGUUUUUAUCCUUUAGAUAUAUCAACUCUUCUAUCUGGCGGCUGCAUGUGGAAACACAGCGUCAAUGAAGGUGUUAAUGAAUACCAUGAUGGGGUUUGAGAUUAAUCGCAAAGACGAGGUAUAAAGGAAAAUCUAUUUCAGCCACAAUUUUUCGGUUUUUUUACUAUGCAAGUUUAAACCCUGUGAUACUGGUCAGUCUGUCACAUUCAGAUAGACGUUUCUUUAGAUUUUGCAGCCGAAAGACCUCCAUUUAGACUGAAUUCCAGCCAGUGUCCUGUCCUAUAUACGAGCUAGUAUGGCAACACCCAACAGCUCCUUAAUGGCCCGAAAUAAAAUUUCGUUUUAGUCUAAGUAAUUCUUCUAUAGAGGUUUAGGGGCAAACCUCUUUUGAGUGUAGGACAAAUAGUCCUGGCGAAAAGCGCGUUAAAGAUCUUGCUUGGUCAUUUUUUUAUUAACUACCUCUUACUUAUGUGAUCCAGCCGAGAUUCAAAUUCCUGUAGAAAUAUUACUAACUACGCAGCAUUUCGCAUGUAAGAACAGUAAUACACUUGCCUUCAAAUGGCGUGCAGCGGACUUACAGGAAUACGUGCGUAGCGUCCUCCUUAUCAAUUCAGAAGUGGCAAUCUUCAUAUUCAAUAUCUUCCCCUAAAGGUUAAUAAUAAUAGUCUAAAUGCUUUUUUUCAGACCGGAUGCUCGGCUUUAAACUAUGCAGCCUUAGGUGGUCACACGGAGUCUAUCUUCUUUUUGCUAUUGCAUCGUGCAGAACCCAAUGUUCAGGAACAUUUGGUAAGUUCGAAAUAAGUGAUAAAACCAUCCGACUCAGAUUCACUGAUUUAUAUAAAUUGGCGAAGAAACCUGGUCUCUUAAAGUCUUCCUAAAUUAUACAUAUAUAUGCAUAUGUAUAUGUGUAUAUAUAAAGUCACAUUCAAUUACUAAAAGGUGCGCAUAUAUAUAUAUAUAUGAAUCUUGUGAGGAGCUUUGGAUUUCUUGUUAGUAAUUUGUCCUCAGAUUGCGAGUAACCUUGAAAGCGAUUUUACCGACACUUUUUUAAAAUUAUCUCACUGUACUCCAACCAUUUUGCUUUGAAUUCAGAAUGGGAACAGUCCUCUGCAUGAAGCUGCCGUUAAGGGCUUUUCUCGUUCUGUCGAGGCUCUCUGUCUCUCACGGGCUUCGCCAAAUCUCCAGAAUAAGGUUCGUUUGAUAGGCCUUUCGUAUUUUCUUGCAAUCUUUCUACCUUCCCAUGACGCAUUAGGUGGUUGACUCUGCUUCAUAUGCUGCUACCUGCUAUAUUGGAAUUCGUAUACUUUUCUCUUAAAAUUCGCACUCUCUCAUGGGAGUGAUGUUUAACAAUCUGUGCUUGAUAGAGAAUGAAAAGUGGGGAACACCGGGGCCUGGGACCCUCACAAGCGGUGAAAACCCACGAGUGUUAGCCUCUCUGAGCCAAACACUUUGUCACAUAAGCUGCAGGUUCGCCAUGGAAUUCGCAUUCACCAAUCUAUCUUGCCUGCAGUAUGAACACCACGAUUUUCGCUCGGACACGUCAAAUAAGCCAGAAAUGUCUGCUUUUUGUGUUUGAUCACCUCUCUGACUUUCAUUUUGAACUUAUUUCGGAUAAUGAUGCAUUCAUGUGUGAACUUUGUAAUUCCUUACUUUCUCGAGGUUAACACCCAAAAUGGUAAUCUUUGUAUUUAAGUUUCGAAGGAAGAGUCAGGGACCGAUCAGAGUCCGUGAAAACAAAUACACUUAUCGUGCGACUGGAGUUAAUGGGAGUCCUACCAUGUGAUUUCAUGUGCCUUGAACUCAGCUCUUCUUUCUAAAGGAACAUUUUUGGGAGUUCAUUUGUCACGUGACGUGCCUGAAUGAGCUGACAUGCAGAAGAGUAUGAUGUUUUUUUACUGCAAUUUUAAAUUGACAAUUUUUCAUUGUACUUCAGCAUUUGUGGAUCACCUGGCCUACUUCGCGCAUUUAUAUCUCUCGGACUUAUAAAUAAUCAAAUUUGAGCUAAACUAUUAAUCAGUCAAAAUUUUCUGUACCGUUUAAAGUUUGAAAAAAGUCCCGCAGCAACCAGUACUGCUCAGACUUUUGAUUGCAUUCGUGAGGAAAAUAAAAAAUCGCCGAGCAGAUGGUAGAGAAACCUAUUUAACUUUAAAUGCUGGUGGUAGGUUGGCCAUCAAUGGCUUCAAAACAGUCGCUUGAACCCCUGCGGUAGCUCCGUCGGUUGGCAUUAUCAAUCACACUAAAACUAUACACAAAUAGUUGAAUUGUUCUCGCUACGACCUUUAAAACCAGAUGAAUUAAUGUCGUUCAAUACCUUUUCAUAAGUCAACAUAGGGGUUGAAUUUGGAAUUCAGCACAUUAAGAUAUAUCAGAGUGUUCAGGACGAAUCCGUCACAGCCUGUUAACAAACGAGUCGUGACCUAACGUUCAUUUGUUUUGAGCUAGGUCAGUUUGUAGACAGAUGCAGACGAUUCCCAGUGAUUGUCUGGGCCUAAUAUGAAAAAGGCUCCCUAGGUAUCAAACCCAUAACAUUAAAAACGUCAUUUCUGACUUGGUCUAAAACCCAAAUUACUAUUAUUUUAUUGGUUGGUGAUCGUUUGGUGUAUAGAGUGUUUAUAAAUCACCUUUUGACAGCCAGUGUCCUCAUCGAUCCAAGCAUACAGAGAUAUUGAUUGGAAGUCGGGAACACAGAAUUAUCCUUUUAAUGGUUACCAUGGCUGCAUUUUGAUUGCUUCCAUUUUCAACCUUCUGCCUAAUGAGGAUUCUUAACGUCAAUUCGAAAGGCCAGACCAUCUGUCUGGGACUCAUCAUCGAGAGUGCAUCGGCACUUAUCUUCGACCGCUCUCUUAGCGCAGUAUUGUCUGUCCGUCUUUCUUCAAGGUAUUCCUUUUUCUCCUUUAGUUACUCUUCACACCUCUCCACCUGGCGGCCCAGAACGGCCACAAGCAGACAACACGUAUCCUCCUCUGCUUCGGUGCGGACGUUAACGCCAAAAACAAGGUAACGCAACCUAUGCCAUCGUCACAAACGCAACCCACAGCCGUACUCCCUCACACUAACCUUGACCUUCUCUCUUUCUCCCCCUCCCGUUGUAGUACGGGGACACUCCCCUGCAUACUGCCACCCGCUACGGUCACGCCGGCGUUGUUCGAAUCCUCCUGACCGUAAAGGCUAGUGUUACCGCCAUAAACGCCAAUUACGACACCCCUUUGCAUAUUGCGGCCGCUUUAAAACGCAACGUGAUUGUUCAGCUCCUGUCCGAAGCCAAUAAGCGUCAGGUUACGCCAGUGGGACAGGGGGAUGCCGAGUCAGACACUUGCGCCGGUCUUGGUAGCCGAGUUCUGUCCUGUGUCCUUGGUUCAUCGCCUGCGCGUGCCGUCGCCGCCGCCGUCUCCCCCAGACCACCGCCACCCCUAUCUUCCGCCGUACUGAUGAGAAAUCGGCAGAACGAAACGCCUGUCGACAUUGCCUGGAGAAAGGGCAACAGUAAAAUUGCCAAAUUUCUCACUGUCCAAGCUAAGGAAGCCCUCGUGAGAAGAACGCGCGAGGCCUGCCUGGAGGAGAUCAGCAUUGGUGGCGCUGUUGCAAGGGAUCAGUCGGCAGCGACAAAUCAUCCAAUGUCUGCUUCUAUCUGCUAUCCCCCGGUGACGCAAAGAACACCACCACGGCUGGAGAGGUCGUGGCACUGUGCCCAUCCGCAGGUCUUCCAAGUGAGUGGGAACCGGUUCGGCUCUUUAUAAUCUAAAUGGUCUUUCUAUGUUUCUGUGCGCAUACGGGCACCUACCACAUCCUGAGUCGUCGAAGUGAAAAAUGAAUAAUUUUAUCGACAAGGCGAAAGCGACUGAGAUAAUUGUGUCUGGCUGUAUCCCGACCCUGAUUGGGAACCAAACCAGGACACCAGUGACGGUUCCUGGGUCAGUGAGUGAAAUACUCUGUCAGGGAGUCACCAAAUCGCAUCCCGUCAGCCGGGGUUGCGGCAGUUCAAAGUCUCGUGGGUAAGGGUUAAGUAUAUGCGCGGUGUAAGGAAAAACUGCGGGGGACUGCUUUCGCGCACGAAGGCCGUUGUUCGGUGGAUGUUUUCGUUGGCAGGAUGGCAUUCGCUGACCUGUACGGCUCCAAGGAGUCGGUGCUGCUGAAAUGUCUAUGUUGGUUCAUUGUUCUGCAUCCCCUCCCACACCUAAUUCUUUAGUAAGAGGAAAGCUCAUCUUAAAAACAUUCGGUAUGGAGAGCAGUCAGGCAUUCAAAAAUACUCGAAAUAUCGUAAGAUGGAAUGCAUAUGUCUGUCAGUAAAGCAGGAGCGUUAAAACGUUGGUGGGUUCGUCAAACAAAAGUUAACAUUUUCUUAUCCCGCGCAUAUACUUAAUCCUUUCCGUCCCAUGAGACUGGCAUUCACAGAUCAAGCGUGGCUGCAGCAUGGUGGUCCGGCCAGUUCAUUUUGCCGUGCAGCUGCGGUUUUGACUUCACACAAUGGCUAUCACACCCUGAAAGCGUGCGUUUGCCUGAGGUUACAAAGGACUUAAUAAUAACUUCACCGAUGCGACAACCUCUUACCGGCUAAUUGAAGUAAUUUAUAGAGGACUCUGACCAAAAUCCUCGAAUUAUUGCUUUCUUUAACGGAAAUUGCAUAAGUGUAGGCUUGAACUACACGAGAAAACAGUUCACUCGACGAAGUCAUGCCUGAUUCGCACAUUUUUAAUGGACAGGCAUCAAAGUGUCGAGGAUCAUAUUUAUUCUGGAGAGAAAAGGUCCGCCUGCCGUUUGUCCGAUGCAGCUAGUCUCGGCAAAGACUCUGAAGUCUGAAGUCUGGAAAUCACUAGUGACAAUCGCCCUAGGCUGUCAUGGCGUGAUAAAGCAUGGGUUUCCGUCUAUGCUACGAAGAACUACAGUUGCGCUGCGGUGAUGUCAUAUGAUCUUGAUAUCGGUGUCCCAAAACGAAGUAAAUUCCUUAAACUCGAGUCCCAACUACUGCAACGGCGUUCUUUUUUUAUCGAUGCCUUUAAACCACCAUCAAUGUUUGGAAUGGAAAAUCUACAGAGUGACUCCCUUAGUAUGAAAGAAUUUCGCCUGCUGACUCUUCCUUUACCGACAGCGCUGUGUCUGACCAAGGAGAACAGACGAAGAGCGCAACAUGCACUUGUUGUUCCCCCUCCGAAACGCGUUUCUACAGUGUCUAAUCUAGUGGAAGUGGUUAAAAUCACGCUGACAAAUAAGAUCAAACCCUCAAUCAGCGGUGCUGAAAAAUGGUGCCAUUGGACACUACGUGUUUCCAACUUCAUUUCCUGGUAAUCUACAUCACAGAUAGGGCCACGGUUGAGAGCUGAUAUAAUUCGGAAAGACGUUAUUAUUGCCAAUAGAUGCAAAGGGACGAGUUCCAAGAAGCAGUCUCGUAGAAGGAGACACGAUCGUUGGGACAAGAGCUUUAGUGGCCUGACGUUUCGGAUUCCUGUUUGAACUCAUCAUCAGAGAUAAAGGCAAAUACGGGUGGUUCAUGCAUAAGUGGCUUCAGUAUUUAUAGAAUGCAGUCGCCAUGCUACCGCAUAUCUAUGAAUAUUCACGGCUCCCCCCUUCAUCAGAGAUCGUUGCACGUGGUGUGAUGGUCGACAUGCACUUGUUGUUCCCCCUCCGAAACGCGUUUGUACAGUGUCUAAUCUAGUGAUAGUGGUUAAAAUCACGCUGACUAACCAGAUCAAACCCCCAUUCAGGGGUGCCGAAAAAUGGUACCAUUGGACAGUACGCGUUUCCACAUUUAUUUCCUGGUAGUCUACAUCACAGAUAAGGCCACGGUUGAGAGCUGAUAUAAUUCAGAACGGUGUUGCUAUGCUAAUCCCAACGUGUGUCCGCCAUUGCUGGAAUACGGAAUUGCAGUGAGUUCGUAGGGCAUGACCUUGGACUCUCGUCAGCUGAAAGGCGUUGCGCGAAUCACCUGCGAAUUGCCAAUACUGCUGCGGUUACCCGCCCCUCCAGUGCAAUCUUGGAGGCAUCUACUCGUUUGACGCCCAGAGCGUGAUGAUGCAGAAAACGCAGUCGGCUGCGUGCAUGUCCCAACAUGCCGGGGAGGCAUCACAUUAGGCUCCCCCGCAGUGCGUCCGUGAUUCAAACGACUGUGUUUAUGUUCUUUGAAGACCCGGCCACGCCUUCGAUUGCGCGCGCUCUUGAAGAGCGUGACCUUGAAGUGCGGUGCUGGCUGUCUCAUGCUUCCUACCGAUAUCACGCGCUUUCGGCGUCUUCAACCACCCUUCCACACUGACACUUGUAACAGCCGCCAUCGAGGCCUCUCUAGCAAAAAGCUGUCCCCUCCCCACCCGAACUUAAUCUCAUCUUCUACGGUUUCUCGAAAUAGCUGCUAGGCCAGGGCAGCUGGCGAUGGCAAUACUGGGUUUUUAGUGAUGCAGCCUAAAUAUCUGAUGGCAGCAGAGCUGUUCGGCUUCAAACUUGUUUGAGAUUCAGACGCUUGCGUCAAUGAGUCAAAUCAUGGCACAAUUGUAGUGCGUUCUGAAGUAAAAUCCUCCGUGACCUCAAAAGUACUUCAAUUAACGAAUGUAGUAGGUUUUGGAUUCUGUGGACGAGCCAGUAUAGCCCUCCGCCUGAAGUGGCAGUCUGGUGGUUAGGCAACUGCGUCUCUCGAUUUCUGUGUUUUGUUUCGUGGUUACCUAUUUCGACCUUAAUACCGGAAAGAAUGCGGCCGAGCAGUUUCCCAUUUUCCUCUGUGAAUCCACUCAUUUGUCAUGUUGCGGUUUGCAUCUGGUCUUUCAUCGCAUGAUGAAAAGAAAAAUGAGGGCAGCAACUUUCAAAAAACACUAUCCUUCUCCUGACUUCAAGAGUUCGGAUGUUAACUUUCCGGUUUUACCGACCAGUGCGCACACAAAAACUUGAUUUGGCUGCCCGGGGAGAAGUUAAAAGAUGAUUCUCCGAGCUGCUUUGAUUGCAGUCUCACUCAUCCUCCUGGGGUUGGUCACACUGUCACUCUAGGCUUUUUUCCAACGUAUGGACAGAAAGCCCCAGGCAAACUAAACUUUUUUACCGAUAAACAAAAAUUGACCUUGCAACUAUAUCGUCAGUUUGACCAUUUUCAUGAACGAGACGCUUACUACUAGGCUAAGACGGGCGCUAAACUCUGCAGCUUGACCGUAUCAGAUGAAAUGGGGAAUAUUACCUGAUUCGUGGAAAUAAAUUCUGGUUAAUAUGAUCAAACCUGCUACGUCAGCUCCCCUAAACUUUUUUUCUCAUUUUCUCCCAUACGGGUAAUUGUGUUUAUAAAUCACCUACGCAGUAGUCCCUUUCUGAGCAUAUACGCACUUCUAGACUGACGGAACUCUUGACGCAGCCUUUAGUAUGCCCGAUGGGCCUAUGUCAUACAAAUUGCCUAGAGAAAAAUAGGCGAUUUUCAGUGCUCAGUGGUCGUUAACCUUGAAUUUGGCCCUAAAAGAUGUUUAUUGCCGAAUUAGUGGCGUGACAUACUGCCCAACAGAUGUCUGCACUCCAGUCUUGGCAGAAUAACCUUGUGCCCUGGAGAAGGUUCCGCCCCAUGCCAGACUCUGCGCCCAUUUCUAUCUCCAGUCAGCUUGAUUAAGAUUGACCGCGUAAGAAUGAGACAGAGCCUGCGCGGUUUUUUCUGCCCAUAAGAAAUUUGAGUCACCUUUGAACUGUUGUGGACUGGAGGAAUAACUCCAUCCAGCCUAUGAUUAUGGGUCGGCCUACUCUGGUUUCCCCAUAAUACUAUUUUUGGUGACCCUAAUCGUCGUCAUUGCCAAACCAAUGACUUCUGGCUUGCGGAGUUUUAUGAGCCACAGCGGCUGUUGGACGCCUAGAUGGGAAAUAAUACCGGGUCAGUCACUGCAACCACGCUAGUCUCAAUUAUCCUACAUGGUGAGUUAGAUGCCGUGCAAGUCACGACCAGGUCAAUCUGAUUUCGACCCAACCCAUCACUGCCUUACUAGGACAUGGUCAUGCUUCUUCGGCAUUGCAGACGAAGAACCGCAGGCUCCCCAAAUUCACACUUCGUCCAGUUAACGAUGGCCGGAGGACACGCAAGUCGAAUGAGCCUUCAGUAGCAUCAUCUGAAAAUUUGUCCAGAACGCCAAGAUGUCGGAAAGGCAGCUUUAUUAAUUGACGUUACAGAGAGGAAGGAUAAAAAUUUUCCAAACGUGGGACAGAAGACAUCCGAGUGCGCACCGCUGCUUGUUGUCAAAUUUAGAGCCGAUUCUUAAGGGUUGCAGAUUGUUCUCAGCAUAAGAAUGGCGUCCAUUCGCAAACAUAAGUACAGUAGGUGGGCUAACUCAUGAAAUGUUAACCGAAAUUCCAAAAUGCACUUUCCUUUCAAAAAGAUUAAUUAAGUGGAGUUGGAGAACUAUUCAUCAAACAGCAUAAUCUAUAAUAAUCCAGUUACCCGAGGGUGCCGGUUUUCGAACAAACGUCUUUCCGGCAGCAUGCAAAAGCUGUACUUUGUAAAAAAUGGCUACUUAAAUAGCAUGCAUUUUUUCCUUGGUUUUUGAUAGCCUUAAAAAUUUAAUUAUAUUUCAUGGAAAACAUGCAUAAAAAUAUUCAUUCUUUUACUCAUUUGGUUGAAAAAUACGUCUUCUUCCAAUUUUAUACUCGAAGGAAUGGUAUAAUUUGAUUUUUAAAAAGUUUCUAAUUGUGAGAUUUUCUAAUACCGUAAAAUGGCCGUUCAUAAAACGUCAUGUCUCUGCAUUUACCAAUGUGGCUCGUAAAGUUAACGACAUGGCUCAAAUCCACGGCUGAAUUCUAUGAACCCCAUAUGGUGUCCACUUAGUACCGUAGAGAAACGUGUGGUUUUUUGUACCUGGAAAAUAUUUGGUUUGUAGUUUCGAAAUCCUAAAUGCGAUUAUAACGGCAGGUUGGGUUGAAAAUUAUGCGGGAAUCGGAAAAGUUUUUGAAAACCAAAUUAUACCCUCCUUUUGAGUAUAAAAUUGGACGAUGUCAUUUUCUACCGAAUGAGUAAAAGAAUUAAUAUUGUUAUGCAUGUUUUCCAUGAAAUGUAAUUGAAUUUUUAAGGGCAUCGAAAAUCAACGGGAAAAGGCAUGCUAUUUAAGUAGUUUUUUUUGCAAAGUAUGGUUCUUGCAUGUUGUCGAUCAGAAAUUCAUUCGAAAGUUGGCAUCCUCGGGUAACUGAAUUAUUAUAGAAUUAUGCUGUUUGAUUAUUAUUUCUCCAACUCUACUUAAUUAAUCUUUUCGAGACGAAAAUGCAUUUUGCAAUUUCGGCUUACGUUUCAUGAGUUAGCCCGCCUACUGUAAGUUCAAUUGACCGCGUAGGAAGCAAACAAGCAGGUUCCUCCAUCCUAAUAGAAAAGAAAAAAUUGUGUCGCUACCUGUCUUAUAAUGAAAACCAGGAAGUUUGCCUGACCACAGUACGCUUAGCAGAACCGCCUCGUAAGCCGCGAACACGUGAACUUCCAACGAUAGUUUAACCUUCAACCAGAAAUGCUAACUCAAUUUUAAUUUUAGCCGAUCAAAAAGGUCAUGCGUCAGACUGCAGUUUCCCAACCUUCACCAUACGUCAUGCCCAAUGUCCUGCAGACCGAUUCGCACCAUCGCGUAUCCAACACAUACUCAUUGGCCGGCGGGAUUGGUCCUCCAUUUUUCCGCACCACAAAGGCUCUCUCACAGGUAAAUCAGCCAAAUGGCCUCUACUUUAAACACUUGCAGCCCUCAAAACGGUUUGCUGGUCGCAAGCAGGAGUAUGGGAGAUUUCACUCUUCUGCAUCUCUUUGAUCUAACGCGAUUCGAAACUGCCAUGAUGUACUAAAUGUCAGGACUUGGAAUGCAGCCAACUGACGAGAUAGCUCCGAUUUUGGUGGUCAGUACUUCUUGUGUAUGUGGGGUGGCUGGCUCGAGGACUGAGCCAGGUUCAAAGGCUUUUUCUCAGGUUGGUCUCAUGGCACUUCACUGAGAUUGUAUCCGCGCCGUGCCCUUUGUUCUGCGGAAGCCCGAUAUAUCGGAUAGAGACCGGGGUCGGGGGUGGCACGUGGGGACGGGCUUUGUAUCUUUGCCAGCCACUGCGCCUGGACUCCUAUCCGAUCGUCCUGACCCCGUUGGGACACCGGGCUCGGGCGGGUGAGUGGGGAGCUAGUGAGACAGACGCUGCGCAAGUCUGUCAACGCUAUAGACUAAUUCACACUCAAGUCACUGGUUCUGCACCCACUGCGAUGGGCACACGGCAAAGAUCGUCAUCAGCGAUUGUCGGAUUGGAUCUCUAUUUUAUCUGGAGAUCCCAUAUGAGAGUUUAUCUUCUUGCGUGGCUUGCGAUACAAAAUAAACCGGAAGCGACUACACCAAUCCUCCUUCUCUUUAUUAUAAAGAACUGCUGACUAAGAAUAUUCAUCGUCUGUUCCCCAUUGGUCUCUCGCUUACUUUUAACAUCUGAGUCCAACGUGCCCUUUGGAUGAAAUCGCAUGUUUUCCGUCAUAGCCAUGUGCAUCAUGACCGUUAAAAAUGAACCCAACUGUUUAUACCAGGUAUAACGCAAGACAAUGUUGCUCAUGCGUAAGAAAGGCCGAUUUGUUGCAUUCCCACUGAUCCUGGGCUCACGAACCUCCUAUAAGCCCUCAGGCGGUACUUAGUUGCUGUGGUCACAUUAACUUAACGGCUGGGUUCGACGAAGAUUUCCCAUUAAUGGUAAUGCUGCUCCAGUGUAUACAUUUGAGUGUUUAUACAGGGCAGACUAGGGAAACAUCUGUUAUAAUCCACCCCCUCACCUGCCUGAGCCUCGUGACAGGACGGAGUCACGGAGGUGGGCGUGAACGCAAUGGUUGGUAAAGAAAGACAAACCGUCUACACGUACCACACACGACCUGAUUCCCACUUCAUGUGCGCUCUGUUGCAAAAGGGACAGCUUGAAACUUACACUGGUGGGAAUGCCAUAAAGGCCGCAUUGAGAAGGACUUAUUGCCGUUUGACCGAAGGACCGAGUUAUGCCGUCGGUUGUCAGCCCUCCAAGGCACGACUGAUUGCGCGUCACGAUUUAUUCGAGCUUAUCAGAUAUAUAAUAGUAAGGGGUGUGUUAAUAUGUCGUGAAGAUGGAUUUCCAAGCCUCCCACUUAGGUAACUCUUUAAUUUCCUGUGUCACCAGUCAGCCUGCCAACUGAUAGUUGGUGGAAUUGGGCACAGUUUUCCUAUUUGAAUAAUGUAUGCGGUAAUGCGGUGUGCGCAUAAUCCGGACAACAUACUUUGGUGGAUUUUGUUAUAAAAUUAUGGCUUAAAAAAGAUAAAUCUAACAGGGACCCUGUGUUGGGAAUACCUUUUAAUUGCCCACAUCGACGUUGAGAGUAUUUAUCUUUCUCGACCUCAGCAAUUUCAGUUCUAGUGCAAUAAAAGAUUAAAUCAAAAAUGGUCUUAUUCGGUGACCACAAAUUGCGACCAAUUGUUGCGAGGCCCACGGUUUGUUAUUGACAUCUCACAACCUCUUAGUAUUAGGUCAUGUAUGGAAUAAUGUGAGUUACGUGUAACCCCCCAUUUCCUCUUUAAGGGAGGCUGAUAUAAUGAGCAUCUUUCGGACGUGAUUAUAUCCAACGUAUCCCAUAAAAUUUUAGCUGAAAUUCUAAACGGUGUUCUCUAUCAGAAAGAAUUGCUUAGAUGUGGUUAUAAUAUUGAUUGUUGUCUAGUUUUUGAAUGUGCGCCUUUCCAACUGCCUACGAAGGACACAUUCGGUAAAACAAAGGACUGCUUAGGAAGUAUGUAUUCGAUUUUUCCCCUUAUUUUUGAUGCACUUAUAAGUUCAAGUACAUUUUUCGACAGAUAUGUACAAAUACAUCCUUUCUUGCAUUCAGUUGGCAGCAGGUCGCGUCCUCUUCAGAUUUCAUACUCCAAACGACAAGUUUUUUUGGUGUUAAAUAGUUUGUAUUUAUAAUUUAUUAAAGACUGCGAAAUGUACAUUCAAAUAACAUCGUGUCUGUCUGCCUAUUAUUGCUCCGUAUGAAGCAUACAACAUAAACCACACGCACUACAAAAUUUAUGAAAUACAUGUAGACCUUCGUCAAAUUAAAGAGGAGUAUAUGAUUUUCCCCACAUAAAAAUCCCACAACUUGCAUUUUUAAACGGUAAGCGCAAAUGCAAUGGUAGAUCGGACUCAAAAUUAUCCGAAAAUUGGAGCACUUUCUUAAAACCGGAAAGUGCUUUAUCUUCGAGCAUGACAUUUGAAGAAUACGCGAGGUAUUGCCAAAUGAUUUCAGGAAAAGAUAUUUCGUGCAUGUUUUUAUAAGUUAUGUAUACAUUUAUAAGGGUAUUAAGAAUAUUUGGGAACCAUUCCUACCACAUAAUCAGUCUCUGCCCAUCAAAUGCGACUCAACGGAAGUCUAUUUAAAGUCAACACUCGGACGUGACUGAAAUAUCUUGGAACUCUUCUGUACGAUUAUCGGUAUUAUUGCCUCAUCUAGAUAUUCCUUUCUAAUCGCAAACACAUUUAGGAAUUUUGGUUAACAUUUUAUGAGACGCAAUUUUUUGUCUAAACAGAUCACAAGCCCGCUAUAAAAUGCACUGCAGCCCUCUGACCGGGGCAUUCUGUCCCACGUAUUAUAUUCCUCGAAAAUCGUUCCACAUAAUCCUCCUUUUUUGUUGCACGACAAUCAUGUUCGGAAACCACUCCGAGGCAGGUGUGAGCAUGAACCAACGGUGACAAAGGUCAAAGGUAAACCAGACUCAUCGAUUGACACAGGGGAUCCGGCUGCAUUUCGUGUUGAGCAUUUGUUCUAUAACAUUUCUAGAUAACAAUAAGAAUCACACAGGCGUUUACCCUGGAAAGAAUACUGACUAUUUUUACCUGUCAGAUGUGUCUUCUGAAGUCGUUUAGACUUUCAACCGCCUAUUGUUCUCUUAUGCUACUUCAGCCUGAUGAGUGCGCUUCUCUCCACACUUCGCCCUCCCAACAGCCAACAUUGAUACCCCAAGCACGCAGGCAGAGCAUUCCUGUGAUUAAGACCGAGACCUACCAGGUGAUGGAGCCCUUGAGAUUACUGGCUUCAGUGCACAAUGGAGAACCACCAGUGCUAAUGUCCUCUCGACAGCUUCCAGCCAGGCAUCGGCUUGUCAGCGGUUCUGUGAAACAGCAUCAAGUACAUCGUCAGAUAGGAGUUUACGUACAUUUAUUGCAUUAAGUUUAUCACAUUUUUGCAUCCGGUCGACCCGCCGUUGUGGAAGAAUGAUUUGCCACUGGUCUUUAAGCUUCUAAGAAAGUUAAUUUGGGGUAGGCUUGGAAGUUGGGAGUUGUCCGAGUGCUGUCGCCACCACUAAGUAAGCGAUCGAGGAAGAUAUUUUUUUCUAAAGACCUGAAAGGUCUUUACUGACAUCGAUUUUUUCGGUCAUGUUCAGAAUUUGCUCUCUGUAAAUAGCGGUUGCGCGAUAAAUAAUACUAGUUGCACGCAUCACGAGUACUCGCAGUCGAAUUUGACUACAGGGCAAUUUUCGGGUUGAGCGGAAGAAAGUCGAUGGUAAUACUAAGAACACUGGCAAAUAAAAGGCUAGGGAGUUCGAUCGAAGAACGUUUGCUUGCCUUCUGAUCAGCACCGUUGUUCGCGGUGUAAACUGACAGAUUUCUGUAAAUGUAGUAAAAUGCAAGCAGAAAGGGGUCAAAUCGCAGUUCGUUUCCCCGACUGGGGAAGUGAAUCUAACACUAAAGCCCUAACCCUUACCGUAAAUCCUUAACCAAAACACCAACCCUAAAGCCUAACCCCAAGCUAAACCGCAAAACAACACUAAAACCUAGCCCUAACCCUGAAACCUGUCACUAACCUUAACCCUAAAGUCGUAAGCAUACCCUGAACCCCACCACUAAACUUCACCCUAAAGCCUAACCAUAAACUUAACCCUAAAGCCGUAACAUUAACCAAAAAUCCUAAACCUAAUCUUAAACCUUACCCCUAACCUUAACUCUAAGCCCUAAAAUGUAACCCUAAACUUAAGCAUGAAACAUAGCCCUAACCCAAAACUCCUAACCCCAACCCCAUCCUUAAUCCAAAAACCUAACCCUAACCCCAAAACGCAUACCCUAACCCUUAAACUUAAUCGUAAGCCUAACCCUAACCCUCACUAAGCCCAACAACCUGACCGAAACAGGCGACCUGCCUAACUCAGUAAAAACACACCUAUUGAUAACACGUUUCCUCGAUAAGGGAAACGCACUAGCUGAUUACAAGUAAGUACGUCGACAAUAUUGACCCACAGUGUCUGGCUAUGAACUGCGAUCUUACCCAAAAAGGAACCACCUCGUAAGGUUAUUUCUUUCGGUUUGGCACUGGCGAGCUGAAGAAUACUUCAAUUCAGAGACUGAACUGCGAGCUGACAUGACGUCCUGUCUUCCUCCUCACUACGGUGAGUGAAAAGUUGUUCAGAAGUACUACUAGCAGAAAUAAGGGAGUUUGGAAUGCCUUCAUGAGACUUAAUUGCCGGCGACCGCAAAUUAUGCGUCUACCGCGGGUCUAGGUGACCUGAAUCCUGAGGUCUGCAGUGUCCGGGCCCCGGACUUGCGUUCUUUUGACUGCACUCUUAAUAGUGCCCUUCACGGCCAUCUAAUCCCAUCUCAAGACGAAAUGCAGAGUUGCCAGAGUUUGGAGAUUUGCCGGAGCUGUCGGACACAUCGAAAUGAGAACCGCAAUCGACAGAGAUAGGAGACACUGGAAGGACAACUGGUCAAUGAGUUUCUGUAGUCAGCAAAACAUCCACAGGCCAAUUUUGCUAGCUUUACCUCCUCGUUCCUCCGUCCACGACUAUCUUUUUUCCCCUGCUGCUCCUUCAGCACCCACCUGGGGAUCCCCACCUUGAUCUGCCGCGGCCGGAACGUCAACGCACGAUGGGCACGGGGACAGACGACAUCGAGGUUUCGACAGCAGCUCACGUCAUAGAUCAUGGUUCGCCGUUUUCGGAGCUCAGACAGUCUCUAGAGGCCGCAGUACUCCAUUCUCGCACAAACACAGAAGACCCUUCCUGCCACAGUUCUGCAUUCGAAAAGUCCCCUCACAGCGAGGUAGGCUGGCGUAUUUUUUACCUUUACAUAACCUAAAGAUCCCAGUGAGUUCCAGCCGUCCCUAUGCGAGGAUUGUAAAACAAGGUUUCGCUGACUCUGUAUCCUAACUUUGACGUUGGUAGUGGGAGUGAGGUGGAUUCUUCAUAAGUCUGUUUUGCUAUGAAAAAGCCUGCCUCGCAAGUCACGGCUGCCUUCAACUGGCCCGGCAGUGGUGAGCCGGUGGCCUAAAUAUCGUUUCCUGGUAGUUUUUACUCGGGUACGGAGGCUUAGGUUCUGACAAUAGUGAUGAACUUGUCUCUGCUGAGUGAGAGCCUCACAAUGGUUAGGCGAGCACUGAUGUCCUGAGUCAGUCACAACAAUUGCCCACGAUGCCGUUUGUGAUGGUGAAAGCGACUCCAGCGUCUCAUUGCCCUGACAUUUCGCGUCUGCUUCUGAGGGUGCAUAUCGUGUCUGCUUCCUUCCGAUGUCCUUCCACUGAGAAGCGAGUCUCUGUGAGAGCCCUGGUGUCCAUCUCGCAGUCAACGGCCAGACGGGACUGUCCCAACCUAUCUGGCCGGUUGAUCAUUCGGUUGCCCAUGAGAGAACAUACAUUGUUGACUGCCGAAGCGGGAAUGAUCAAUCUGCCAGGCUGUAAAAAGGCAAGGACAGAGAGAUUAAAGUUGUUUUUGUUGUUCGUUCGAUCGCAUCUUGAAUUACCCCAAGCCACCUAACGGUUGCUGUGCAUAUGCGAUUGCCAACUCUUUUAGAGUCGUAUGUCUGGUUUCCAAUGCUGCGACAGGCGGUGAGUGCACCACCAAAUGGGGAACGCCCGCCAAAUCUCACAGCAGGCGGAGACGCUGACACAUUUGGAAAGUGACCGGGAUUUGCCAGGGUCACUUACGAAAUUACUGUAGCUGUCUGUCUUUGCGAGAUUUCCUAUUUUGGGAGGGGGGGGGGGAACAGGGCUGAGUAAAGGGAGUGCCGUAUGUAGGGGCGCUGAGUAUCUGAUAGUUUGCUCAGUAAAAUGGACUGGAAACGAAAGUGAAGUCCUUGCAAGGCUAAUCGGUGAGUUUGGUGAAUGCUGUCGGCUAAUUAUUGUGGAAAGACCAAGUAGCGGCUUUCACAGAGCCGAAACGAUUUUACCGUCGCAAAACGAUCCCCGUCCGCGGCACUACACACAAUCCCCACACACACACGACGGCUCAACCGCCGCUGCCGACGUGAUCCACCGUGUACUCCACAGCAGGAUGAGAGAGUUAAGUUACAUGAUAGUUCGACCUCGAUUCCGACGAUGUCCACCGUGCCCUACACGGCAAGGUGCAGUAGGCACGGUGACUUGCGCAUGAAUUAGUUUAUAUUGGUAGUAGACUUGCGCAGCAUCUACCGCACCUUGACUUCCCCACUGCUUACAUGGACUCGGUAUCAAGGAGAGUCAAGAAAACUGGAGGGGGGGCUCAGGUGUUAGGUCACAUAUCGCAGGCAUAACCCACAUGGUUUUCGUAAGUGCGCACGUCGACUAUCAGUGAAGCAUAAGACCCUGCUCAUUUAACAAUCUUGUGAUUUAAUUUGCCUUAAUUUACCUUUGCCGUUGUGACUUGCAAAAAGUCGUGUGUGAAGUGGCGUGCAUCUCCGUUACGUGGUAUUUGUGCCCUUAGUGAAUCUUGUUCGUGUAGAAUGGUGAGAUGAAAAUAUGUGUGGCAAAUGUUGGUGGGUAGUUCACGCCAUAUCUCUCACUCUGUCCAAUUUCCGAAAGGCUCGACAAGGCCACCGGCAUAUUUCGGAGGGUGGGGGUACUGAAGUCGAUUUUGGCGCAUUGGUCUUUACGGAGACUCUCUGCACUUUCCACUACAGCAAAUCUGCCUCUAUGUAAAUUGUCCCGGCGGGCUUAAAUUCAGGUACUGUACGGUUACCAGUUGGUGGAUCACUCGGUCCCGUUUUGGAACAAGGAAUAGACUGUAAUGACUCCUUCUUAAUACGCUUCCUCUGGAAGUCUCCUGUACGUGAUUCCUGAAGCUUACAAAUGAAGCCUGGUGCGUGUGGAUUUGGGGACCUCGACAUGUAUGAAAUGGGUAGACGGACUAUUAUGCCUUUCCGAUCACCGCGCCCACGGUCGCCUACGGUAUCCUCUACUUUGCGUUGUCAUUGAAACAUGUUGGAUGUAAGAAGAUGGAUGGAGUGGACAAGAUUGAAUCCUGCUUUCUUAUAAAUAAAUUCACGUCCGGGCCGAUAAUGUACCUCGUCGCUGAAAGUGAUUAAACUAAUGCGUGCAAGUUAUGGGUUUUUUUUACUGCGCCUGACUAUCCAAGUCGGUGGCUCAUCUGGGCCUAAAACUCCUGUUCUCUCAACCUCCGUUUUAGCAAUCCGAGCUUGGCGGCUCCUAUACCUCCGACAAUCAUAUGAGUACACUUACGGAGCCAAGGUCGCUUUUAAAGUCAGACGCCAUACACGGCGCACAGCAAGCACUUUUGUUGGGAAAAAAGGCAAACGAGCAGAUGCGACCUGCCUCCUGUGUCGCUACCGCCAAGGUGGGCGAAGGCAGUCUGGCUCUGCGACGAUGCCCGCCUCAGAGGCCAACCCUCAUGCACUGCCUUCCCCAUGUCAAUUUAACACUUGAUGCAGACGCCGACCGUCCGUCCUCUUUACCGACCUCCUUGCUCCCGAGGACUCGCUUUGUCGGGGUGUCGGAGCAGGAGAUGAAUGAUUACGACGACUAUGUUCUACAAACGACGUCCAUGCAUUCUUACCCACGCAAUUCGAGCUGCGCCCGACAGGUGAGUUAGCUUUCUUUCCCAUGAACAGCUGUUUCCCCCUGACUGCAAAUGACUUCUGACUACAAGUACGGUGUUUUGCGUAUGGCAGCCUACUUUACUGUUGUUACGUUAACUUCCAAAAAUGCAGUGCUGUUUCGGCACGCCUCAUUAUGUGGCAAACGUGAGACGGGAGCAUUGUGUCUGAUCUCAUCUAGAGUUGGCAUGGCAUGCAACUAGCAGAGGAUGGAUAGAGAGCAGAAUGAACAGGGUCGGGCUCCAGUUGUAUGUAUAAGUGAAGAAGAAGAAGACCGGUCUGGCACCGGAACAGUAUGUUUCUUGUCCUGAGCUUUCCGACUCGUGCAGGAGUCCAUUAUCAAUCGUAAUAAAAACAACAGAUUAAGCAACAAUUACGCCAAUCAUCGAUCGAUAGCACAAGACUGGAGGUGACUGCACAGGGCUCUGUACUCCGGCAUCAAACCGAUUGAUUGAUUGACUGAGUUCCCAUCCAAGGUGCAGACUUCAAUCAGUUCUCGGCCUGUUUCGUUUACGGCUUGGGUGACGAUUUUGGUGGCUGCACAGUUAGACUCGUGACCCAUUCCUUAGAGUGAGUGACCGGUCUAAUGAAGUGUUGGCCAAAAUUCUGAAAUAAGUUUUCGAUUAGGAAAGUUUACUUAAAUGAGGUUGUAAUAUGGAUUAUCCUGCGGCAUAAUCCUGUGAUAUUUCUGACUCGGUAGGAUGUCGGCUUUUAAAUGCACUUCUUUUCAAUCUCCUGUAGAAACUGUACUCAAUAAAAAAAUGAAUACUUAAGUGACAUGCAUUUUUAACGUUGAUUUUCAACGGUCUUAUAAAUUCAAAUGUAUUUUAUAAAAAAACAUUAACCAAAAUAGUAUUUCUUUCACUCGUUUGAUAGAGAAUCACGUCAUCUUCAUAUUUUAUAGUUGAAGAAAGAGUUUAGUUGGGUUUUAGAAAAUUUCUAAUGAGAAUAUUUUUCAAGACCGUCCAUUUAUACAGCAUCGUACCUGUCCGUUUACCACUGAUCCUCAUGAAAUUUACACCAUAUCCCGCAUCCAUUGCAAAAUUUUAUGGACUCAGUAUAGCGGAAAGUAUGCCUCUUGUAGAGUGAAAUCACUAAACGCUAAUGCAACGGCUGAUCAGACUCCAAAUUAUUCGGAAUUAGAAAACUGUUCUAAAACCCAAUUAUACUCUUUCUUCGAGUAUAAAAUAGGAAGAUGACGUGAUUCUCUAUCAAACGAGUGAAGGAAAUACUAUUUUGGUUAAUGUUUUUCAUAAAAUAUAUUUGAAUUUACAAGACCAUCGAAAAUCAACGUAAAAAAUGCAUGUCACCUAAGUAGUCAUUUUUUAUCGAGUACAGUUUCUACAGGAGAUCGAUAAGAAGUGCAUUUAAAAACCGACAUCCUACCGAGUCAGAAAUACCACAGGAUUAUGCCGCGGGAUAAUCAAUGUUACAACCCCAAUUAAGUAAGCCUUCCUAAUCGAAAACGCAUCUCAGAAUUUUGGCCAACAUUUCAUUAGACCGGUCACUCAGUGUAGGUGUGGGCAGCCACUUGUGAUAAGUCGUCGCCUCGCCGCACAGCCAGCUUAUGCUUAUGUAUGCGCGAUCCGAGCAUGCGUUUACUCUGCCCUGUGUAGUUACAAGGACAGUUUUGACACGGCAUGCGAUACACUACUCCAGAUUGCUCCUGAGAAUUUAACCGGUCUUUAGUUUCCAUUACCUUGCUGCUCCUGGUGGCUUUGGGCCGGUGUGCAAUUCCAACGCCCAAUUCUGCGGCAGUUUGCUUGGUCGCUUUCGAAACGUUCCUGAUUUAUGACAGAGAAUGCCAUGCCUUUGGCGGGGUUACGUUUGGGUCCUCUGGGGACGACGGCAUAGGCGGCAACUUAUAAAUACCCUCGGAUAGUCAUCUCGUAUAACCUGGUCGUAGAGAUAAUGAGCCUCACGGGCUUUCCCUUCCGGUUUGCAGCAACGUAUCUAAAUCUGUUUGAAGAGCGUUUUUCAUACAGCUUCAUUUCUGAGCCACCGGAUGGUUACUGUGAAAACUUAGAAGCUGUAUGGUGUUCGUUGCCUUUCUACACACCGACGGUUGAAGUUGCUCCGUUAAGGUUUCGUCUGAUGAGCACAUCAAGGAAGAGAAACCGCUAGUCAUGCUCUUCUUGCUUCGGGAAUUUUAUAUCAGGGAAGAGGACGUUAAACAAGUUGUGGAAGUUUUGUAGCAUAUCUUUCUUUACGCUAACAGUUGUGUCGUAUACUUCAUGACGGUCGGUCUAAUGUCCAAAUUCUUCACUAAGAUGAGUUCGACAAGCAUUUAAACUGUCGGGAAGCGCAAAAGUCGUCUUGGAAACUGUCAACGGAGGAGAUGACUCAGUUGCCUGGAUGGAAGGUCGUGUUGCGUUGACUUCAGGUGGCCUGCAUGUCGAUGAGGGAUGGAAUUUAUUGAAGUCUGGUUCAUGUGAAGUAAAAGACCGACACACUGGCUACGUUCGUCGUCUGUUGCUCUAGUUCAGGUCAGUUACAACCUCCCUGCUUGUCAUCGAUCCCUUCGCACUCCCCUGGCCAGUCAGAUACAUCCAUUCUGCAGCAUAGGGACUACCAAGUAAUACUGUAAAACCGUUGCUGACACCUGCCGGUUCACUGGGACCGGCUUUUCUGGCUUGUCAGUCGUCGGCAGUCCGUGACAAAACGCGUUUUCAAUCCGUCCUCCACAUCCAUUCACUGUGCUAAUUAAGACUUCGCACGCUUCCCUUAUUCACUAAUCCGGCGAAAUUCGAAAGUCCAGCAUGAAUUUUUUGCAUCAAGGAAUCCUACUUUUUGGAAAUAUGCGAUAUCGUUAUGUACUAUUGAUUCAAAAGGAUUGUUGAUAGCCUCUUCGCCCAGAUUGUCUGGGAAUCCAGUUUUCCCUAUCAUAACAGGGACUUGAAUAAAAUCACACAUUUAACUUGCCAUUUUUCUCACGCGUAUGUGGAAAUGAAAGUCACCUUUGGGCGUUGUGGACCCCUACUGUUCAGCGCAUGGCGUCAGAUGCCCUGACUGUGAAUAGUUGUAUGUAUUUAGCACACUUUCAUAACUUCCAUUCUGAAUUUUUUGGAAUACUCUCGAAAAUCGUUUAAUUAAAAUUUCUCUCUUUGACAAGCGUUGUUUACUGCCAAAAUACAACUUUUUGUGAAGACGCUCAUUUGCUUUUAAAUUUCCAACAUUAACUCUGCCGUUCUUUAUUGUCUAAAACGCAAUUUCCUGCUUCCAUCUUCGCAGUUACGAUACACUCCUUGAUGCUGAUGCGUUAGCCUUCUCUUUAAAAGCUAGCUCGUUAGCACAAACUUGGUCUUUCUUCCUCCUCUCCAGUUUUGUCUCGUACACUUGCAAAAAGCUGGAAGCGUCAUCGUGCACCCUUUUUCUGUGCAAUCCAAGGCCACAUUUUGAUUGGCGAUUAUUCCAGACAACUCUAUGUCAUGCUCUGCACUCACUCACAGGUGGAACCACGCAGAGGCUCAAUCAACAGUGACAGAACAAGCGGCUCACUGGUUCGGUCUUGUCCAGUAAAAACUGGCCAUCGACUACUCACCAGAAGUUGUACAACUGCCGAUGCGAAACGAUCGGCUCUGUGGGAUCCUCCUCCUCCAUCGUCGUCGUUAGCAGCGCCACCGGGGACGACCGUCGCAGGCACCCGAUUAGACAACAGGACUCCUCCGGCCCCAAUGGGGACAGAGGUCUCUACCCUGGCACCGUUCGAAACAGAUUUUCCUAUCGACGGCAGCAGCGUACCUGUUUCCCGUCCGACAGCAAAGUUUGGUGAUCGCAUAACCACCAGAGCCUUGGUCAAUUUGCCAGAUAUUUGCAGCAACGGCGAACGUCUUCCUGUGGAUUCUAAUCCCAACCACCACUUGAAGGUCACCAAGGUAGUGUUAUGUGCCUUAAUUAGAAAACAAGCCUCCCUCCGCAGCUUGUCAUCCUAUCUGGCCUUGCUCAUUUGAAUUUCUUGUUUGUGUUCUAGUCGGCACUGUCAUAUUUUAAGCAGCUACUGUAUACAAAUUCGUGGUCGAAAAUGUCCCAAAAGAAGCCAAGAGAUAGAAAUAACCACCCUGUUUUAUUUUGCACUUUCAAUCUCCGACGCUGUUUGAGACGUGUACCGCGAAUAGCGAGUUCGAUGUUAACUAGAUUCCAACACCAGUGACCUACGGAUCCGAUGUUUUUGUCUAUGACCGGUUAUACUCGUAUUGCGCAAGAGUACCUCAAGUCGACAUGCGCUGUUCGCAGGAUAGAAUAUGUCAACAUAGUUUGUCCUGAACGCAGUACUAAGGCUCUGUUAGACGAUCAGGAAGGUCACAGUCAGCCAAACCUGGACUUAUGGCUCAGUAAGUAACACUUUGAAUUUCGAUUCAUAUCCCCUCAUCGGUCCUGGGGUCGGCACGUAUGGCUUUUCGACAAAGCUGAAGAUCGUUUUCCUCAAUCGUUUCUACAUUACAGCCGACUCUGUGACCAAUUGCUGGGUCUCUGUUUCAAUAAACCACAUCAGGUAUAUUUCUUCUUUUCUUGAGGUUGGAUCAUGAAACUUAUCUUUAGCAUUUAAUAGGUCUGUUAUCUCAUGGAAUGAUAACCAAGGUUUUGAAGUGUGUAUUCAAUUUGAAAAGAUCGCUUUUGUAGAGCUGUAAUAGUAAUUACAUUGCAGCCUAAUCCCAUGAUGUUUUGGUCACGCCAGGAUGCCGGCUUUCAAAAGAGCUUCUUUCCUGUCGCCUGCAGAGACUACAGUCUGUAAAAAAUGACAACUUAAGUGGCACGCACUUUUCCCAUAGAUCGUCGGUGGCCCCAUAAAUUCAAGUCGAUUUUUUAAAAAACACACAAAAUAUUCUUUUUCGUACUCAUUUUAUAGCAAUGCCCGUCUACUUCGAGUUAUACGCCUGAAAGAAGAGUAUCGUUCGGUUAUAAGAAAACUUUUGCUAUUCCCGAACAAUACUGAAAUCAACUUGCCGUCAAACUUACAUUCAGGGUUUCCAAACUACAAGAUGCAUACUUUCAGCAUACGGAUAGUUAUCUAUUUCUAUAUGUUAUUAAGAAUAUCUCCUACAGGGCUCAUAGAAUUUUGUAAUAGAUGCAACCCACUUUGUCCUCCUUAUAGGCAGCAUCAGUAAACGUUCCAAUGCAAUGCUGCACGAUUGAACAUUCCAGGAUCUUAAAAGACUUUAUAAUUGGUUUUCUACUAAAUGAGUACGAAAAAGAUUAUUUUGUGCAUGUUUCGUGUAAAAUAUAGUUGAUUUCAUAAGGACAAUGAAAAUCAAUUCGAAAAAUCUAUAUUACAUAAGUAAUCAUUUUUUACAGAGUGUAGUUUAUGCAUACGACUGAAAAGAAGCAUAUUUAGAAGCGGGUAUUCUGCCGUGACUGAAAUACCUUGGGAUUAUGCUGCAAGGUACAUAAUAUUACAACUUUAUUUAAGAAACUUUUUGAAUCGAAUGCACAUUUCAGAAUUCCGGUUACCAUUUCAUGUAGCAUCCGCCACCACAGAAAUCACCUCACUCCCUGAUGAGCUGCCUAGAAGCCGCGGCUGCUUCGGUUUAACUGCGCGCCAGCCCUGUCUUACCUCUCUAACUAAGGUGGACCGUUAAACUUGUUUCGAAUUUAACGGCGAAAUUCGGUCUACUUUUUGAGAUGAAGGGACAGGAAGCAAGAAACUCCCAUAAUUAAGUCUUCUCCUCAAACCGGUAAAAAGGCUUAAAAUGUCCGUUCUAAUUACACCCCUUUCUGGUCCCUUGAGGCUGAUUGAAAAUGAUGGCCGCAUAAAAAGAGGAAGUAUGUAUGUGUUGUUAUUGGCAGAUCCGAAACUCGGCAUAUGUAGCUUGGAAAACGAGAAGCUGAAGCAGGCCUCCAUGUAUUCCUAUAAAUGUGUGUGUGUUAUUAUAGUUCGAAAUACAUAGGCGAUGGAAAAGUUACAUUUCAUGGCUUCUUAUGAAAAUGUCACAUACGCACGUUGAGAGAGAAAGAGGAAAAAACAAAAUCAUUUGUUCAAAUGAAGUAAAUCUGACUAUCAGAGAGCGGCCACCUUACCAAACUGGAGGUUACAAAAGUUAUACUGAGGAGAUUGAUUAGAUGUAAGAACUAAAGGUGUUAUGUGAAAGCGAGUAAGUGGCUUUGCAGAAAUGCCUUGUGAAUGAAAAGAAAUUCUUUAAGUUAAUGACAUCUCCGCAGAUUAGUUGUAAUCUUAAGGAAAACAUAAUGAUUCAACGAGAAAAAUUCACUGGCCUUACUGAAUUCCUGGGAUAUUACUAAUUUCUUUAAUGACCGUCUGAUGUCUUUGUUGAAAUGCAAGCAAUACUUGACCUUAGAGUCCCACUCUAAAGUGAUCAGGUCCAUCUGAGGCGUUUUAUUGCAGCAUUCUACAGCCAAAGACGCCAUCGGUUCUACAAGUGUAUUCCUCAGCCUUCGUUUCAUAAUCCAUCUGCUAGAAAGUAUACCAAAAUAUCAUAUGUUCCCCAAAUAAUGCUUGCAUUUACGCAGCGCUGCGUGAGUCAGCAUGCGUCUUGGUUCGCCUGCCAAUAGUUGCUCGAAUUCCGCGUCAUUCUUACUUACCGGAUUUAUAGAAACCUCUCCGAAAUGCGCUUACGGUUGCAGUGCUUGUCCUUUUGGAAGUUCAUUUUCAACACUUUUCUUAUUGCACUGUAUAUUUCACCAUUUACGGUUACAGCUAUACAUGGAGGAUGUUUGUUUGGGUUAUUUAUGAAAGCAAUCACCUAGCCAGCUGCCUUUUCCACGUCUUUAAGGGCUCCUUGUCUACAGCCGCAUACGACGUGGAAUGUGCUAGAGGCCUCGCCAGAUAUACAUCAAGUGUUCACUACCAGACUUCCCAACCGUCUGCAUUGUCGUCAACAACGGAUGUGAUCAGGCCCGAACGUUGCCCUUUCAAGUACGUUUAAUUUGGCAUUAGUCAGCGAUCUCUGCCUGACGUACAGUUUCCAACAGGCCACUCUCAGCCUUCGGGAAGCCUCCUUGGUACAUGUUUGUCUGUAGCCAAACCGUUUUCCUUUAAGCCCGUUAAAGUAGCAAGCAAUUUUACACAAAAUUUCUAGUUUGAGGAGCGGUCUCCAUAUCAUAUCUGUAGAACUGAUUUCUCCCAGCGCAGCGGCCACUCGUUUCAUUACUCUUCAGCUCGAAUACCAGAGGUGUAGGGUUGAAGAAUUCCUGCAAAAACAACUUUAAAAUUAGUACCAUCUAAAAAUGGCGCUACCAUGAUCUGACUGCGAACUGGAACAUGGUCUUCUUAUUUUGGAUUGGAUGUGCAAACUAAAGUCCUCACUGACAAAGCAUGGCGAGAAGUGGUCAGCACAACCGCCUGCGAGGACUCCAGCUUCGAAGUAAAACUAGCAUGUUCCUCCGCCGAAGCAACACCCCGUGCGACUUUGAAUAGCCCCGAGAGCAGCAGACGGAAUGUGAGAUCGUAGUUCAACAGUUUGAGCGUUUUAUUCCAAUAGUAGUUGGACGACGACUGCUCUGGGUUCAUACCUCAAGUCUUGCAGUCUGGCAACGGCAAAAAUGGCAAAACGGGCUAUUCCUGCAGUCCUUACCGGCCUCCAGGGUAACUGGACACAAAAAUAUCGUUCUCCCUGAGCAUAUUUAAAAAUCGCAUUAUAAAACAGUUCGGUAACAAUCGGGAGAUGGCCCACAAAAAAUCCGUCACCUAGAAAUAAUACCUUUAACAGUGGACUCAAACGCCUUCAGGCUAUAUCAGCGUUUGCAGGCCUGCUUUCACGCGCUACUUGGAAAUCCCGAGACGGCCUAACAUGGGCUGGCCGAACGAACAUCGCAGGAGGUUACAUGGACGAUGGUCGCUGGUACCCAACCUUCCCCAUCGUUACACACGUACGCCUGAAUAUACCACAUACAUUCGCAUUAUGGCAGUUUUAUUACAAGACAAAAACACUUUUAAAUAGGAUAAGUCUACACAGCAUGGGACAGGAACAGUUCCCAGGCAUCUGUCAAAGACAUGAAAUUGAGGCCAAACCAAAGACGAUACUGUACUUCGUCUAUGUGAGCCCAAACAGCUCGACCACAUACAGGGACUCCCUCGUGGAGUUUCCUUUUCAGUCUACUCCAGUAUGCCUCGAUGGCAGUGGUGUGCCGUCCAAUGGUAGGGUCCUUGAAGUUCUUUGAGUGGUUAACAGAGAAAUGUAGAUAACCUUCUGAGGGAAGACGACUAUACGCCUUCCACACGUCCGUUACCACUAUACUGCCUUUGGCGACCCAUUUUGUAAUAACGGGGCGGACAGCGGGCCAACUUCGAUCAUUCUCCUGUUCAAAUAAGGCUUUCUAUCGGCUAGUAUCGUACAUCCCGACCAGCCACCACCCAUAAAACCCCUAUUACCACCUGUCCAGUAAGACAGGCUGCUUUGGUUAAGCGGAUUUUUUGGGUGCCAUCUUCCGACUGUUGCCAACAGUUCUUUUUCCCUGCAGUUCUUGCCUAGUUCACAUCAUAGAAUUCUUGCAUGCAGGCUUUUAUCAGCAAAUUGGUAUGCUACGCAAUUUCCCUAGACCAUUUUUAUUCCAAUGAAGUCGAUUUACUUGCAAAGGUUGACUGCUUAUUGGCAGUUUAGGAGAAUUACGCGGUUAUUACCCAGUAGCUGAUGGACGUCGGCAUAACUGUUCAUAUGAAAUGUCAGUCUAUAAUUCCCAAUGGGACUGAUUUACUCCAAGAUGUUGUUGGUUUCUGAGGAAAUAAAAGAAGAUGCAAUAUCUAAAAUCUCAUUUGCGUUUUUAUAUCCAAGUCUCCUGUCCAAUUUAAAUCGGUAAAACUUUUCGUGAGAAAUCUUCAAGGGGUUCAGCCAUGUGAGAGCACGGUUUGUUACCGGAGCAAAAACUCAGACACCCAUGACUCAUGCUGUGAAAUGGACGCCGUUUGUUUUACACACACACUUCACACAUGUCGCACCAAAUCGAUGUGAGUUGUGCUCGCAAGUUUUGACCAGCCCAACUCGUGCUCACGGAAGCUCAUGCAGGUUGAAACGCAACCCUGCUAGCUGAGAUUAGUUGAAUGCUUGGAAGGUCAGAGGAGGGGGGGGGGGGUUCUGCAGAGAGCCGUCUUGUCACACUGUGCUGACUAAUUAUCACCAUUCCUGGGACUCGCCGCUAACGCACCCCCCUCAGAGCUGGCCAGUUGCACCGGUGACUCGGCGUUUUCGGCGACCCGAUGGCGCGUGCCUGAUGUCUGCACAUGCCUUCAGCGCAGAGGCCCACCUGCGUUAUCUACUGUCAGUUAGGUCUUAGUCAGCAGACCUGGAGAUUUAAGACCCUAGGCAGUAUGUUAGUACCGACAAAGACAUGGGAGAUUGGAAUGGCCAUUUCUGGCUUAUUAGCUGCAUCAGCCGGUCAUGCCCAACCACGAAGUGUGGAACACUCGAGGCUCGAACCCGCGACCUGUUUGUUAGAAGUCCACAUCUCUAACCACUGAGCCACGAGUCCGUUACCCUGUCGGUUUUCGAUGGGGAAUGUACAAUGGUAGGGGGCGCUCACCGAUCGUUCUUACGGAACUCACUCGUUUCGAUGUGCCAUACGGGCUCUUUCUCGAGCCCAACCAGCAGCCGCACGGCGGCGCACGAUAUAGGCAGUAUGUUAUUACCGACAAAGGCAAGGGAGACUGGAAUGGCCAUUUCUGGCUUAUUAGCCUUCAUCAGCCAGUCAUACCCAACCCCGAAGUGUGGAACACUCGAGGCGCGUCCCUCCCAAACGCUGCUGAUGCGUAUGGUUUAUGAACAUAUUGCCUGAAGCGAAAGAAAGGGCUAGACAAAGGAAUUGCGCAAAACGGUCCAAUUCGCAUCGACUUCUGCUCACUUAUACAAACGGCCAGAUUUACCUGUAAAUGACAAGAGUCCGUGACUUCUCUUAAACGUACCCAGCAAAGGGAGAAGCAUGAGUGAAAUGGUCAUUUUAGGCUGCAUUUAUGGCAAAGAUAGCUAGCAUUGUGUUGUGCAGAUGAUUCUAAACAGGAACGACUACUCAGGUGAGACCGUAAUGCCCAUUAUCACGAGCCUUUUUCUCACCCCGCUUCUCCUUAAAAUUCGCGUUGGCUUUUAAGUAAGUUCCCACCCACUUGUAUAAGUAGUGCUUGCAAAAUCUUACCAUCUAGGUAAUAAAUGUGUUCCGGUUGAAUUUCUGUGCGCAUAUCGCAUAUAUUCAAUCAUGAUGUCCUGGAAGAAUGUGCAACUUUUUUAUGGAACACCCUAUUUGAAGAAAAGGACUGUAUGCACUUAAAAGCGCAUAAGGAUUCCGUAUAAAAAUAUCUGCCUGUUUGUUACUGUGGCAUGAAACCGCGGGGUGAUUUAAUGUCAAUCUACUUCAAAAAUGUGUGAUCUCUGAAAAGGCUGUUUGUGAGGGCGAUAAAAUAUGGUUCUUUAGAGAUACCGCAUUUCAUGUGGUUUUAUGGCCUUAGGGACAAGCGAAGCCAUUAAUACUUUUUUCUUUAAAUGCGCAGCAAAGAAGGGAGAUAUUGAAAUUGCAGAUAAUCCACACCUUACAACAGUAAGCGCUCAACGGACGAACUGACCUUACGAUUAAGGACGAAAAUUCUGAAUCUUGCAAUAUUUCAGAGAAGGUGCGAUCUGAUUCCUGCGAACGCAGAAAUUCAGUAGGUAGUGACUAUUUCCUGUGUGUGCUGAAUCACGCAUAGCCGAUAGGGCUCUCCGUCGAAAGGCAACAUGCCUUUAAGUAUAUAUAGAGAGAGGGAGAUUGAGACACAGUGGGCCUGUAGUUUUAGAUAAAAAUAUUUCUAAUAAGUCCGUAGACGCUAUCGGUCCAAAGACUAAUGCAAUUGCAUCUUCCGCAUUUUUUGGUUUCGGCAUAAGCGGUAGUCGUCGUUGGAGCGCUAUUAAAUAACACAAAUUAGCAACGAAACCAGCAAAAUAUUUCACAAAAGUAAAGUUAAGCUCCCCCAUUAAAGGAGGAAGGUGUGUGUCAAUGAACUCGAAGAGUAAAUGACGACUGAAGCCGCGGAGACCGUUAAACAUGAGACAGCCUCCAAGUAGAUUUUUGCUGAGCACUUUUGCGGCCUCAGUUGUAGUCACGGUUUCUUGAGUUCGACACGUCCUACAGGUCAAACUGCACAGUUAUUUUUUUUCAUAUUCUGAGAUUAACUUUCCCAGAGGCCGUAUUCGACUCUAAUCGUUUCUCUCAGAGGAAAUCGUCGACUGGUGUUUAGUAAGUUCCCUUACUGACUAUUCAAAGUACUUAAUACUUAACUAAGUACUACCCAUUCAUCAGAAACCCUUCCAAAAUGCAUGUUUCGCUGAAACAGCUAAAGGUUAUCACCUCUAUUGGCCGAGGUGUCACAGAAGUGUGGAGAAGGUGAGUCGUCCGACAACCAGGUCAGAUCGAUACAGAUUGCCACCAGUGCGUGUACUUUCACAGGAUCACGGAUCAGUUGUUGGGACAUUAAUUCGCGGCCCUCUCCUCGAUGCAAAUGACUUAUGUUCAAAUAUCAGACCUUCUGAACCUGGACUUAUUGUUAACCUCUGACUGCCGAUUGGGGGCAAACCAGAAAUGUACAGGGGAGUCACCACAGUUCUCCGAUCCCCUGCUCCUGAUAUUUGUUUUUAAUUUAAAUUAGGCGAGCUGAUAAGGGAGCGAACGGAUUUUAAAAAAAUAGCCACUCCUCAUGCAAAGUCUGCUUAAGCUGCCAGCGUUAGCUACGUUUAAUUUCCAGAACACGGUAAUGCGUUUUGUUUUCAUCGUCAUCAUUGUAGUGGAGUUUUCAUUAUUUGAGAGUCACUCGUCUUUAAUUGUUUGCGUCCUGUAUGACCAUCCGAGUACUUGGACAUUGCGGGUAAUGUAAAAGCUGUUUUUAAAUCGCUGGACACCUGCUGUUUUGUGGCUGUUAAACUUUCUUGCAUGGUCUCAUGUAAUGCGAACAACUUUUAGUAAAGAUUAAAUCGGAAAAUAAUUAGAAAAACAAGGAGAAACCGUUGGGUUUUUUUACUUUUCUCAUGACAAAGACUGCUAUAUUUAUUUCAGGUAUUUAAUGUGAACGCUAUUAUGCUUUGCAGAAUAACUGGGCAAAAAUUGUUUUCAACGGCGCAGACUAUAUCGGGAAUUAGAACUUCCUAAUCAAAGACACCUUCGUUCUCUUACCUAGAUCUGUUGCUGUACCUUGCUGUGAGCAUAGUCAAAAACACUAAUGGACUGGAUUUACGUGUUUGAGGUCUAGAUAAUAUCUCCUCAGCUUUAGAGUCGAUCUGAGUUUCUAUUAAAAGUUUUCCUCUCUAGACGCCUGAAAGGUAAUUAUUUUGUCUAAACACUCAAGCAGAUCGAGGAGUUUGAUGGAUUAUCGGGAGACCAUGGGAGCGCAUGACAACAGAGGGACCAAUGGUGAUCAAACGUCUCGACCUCAAAGAAGGACGGCUGCCGCUGCAUCUGAAAUCACUGACGACUAA